UUCCACGCUAGACGUUGUACGCCGCAGUACGUUUGAAACGCUCUUUCUCUGUGUCGUUGUGCGCUGCCUUCACAGCUCUCGUGUGCUCUGCUCAUUUUGCAAUUGAUUUUUUUCGUUUUUUUGUUGUGUCCAAAGGAGAAAAGUAAUGCAAAUAACGUAUACAACUUGUUUAAACUUAAAAUCAAACACUAACUCAAAGUGAACACGAACAACAAUCUGCAACUGCACUGCAAUAACAAACAAACAAACAAGCAAGCAACAAUAACAACAACAACUAGAACAGCAGCCGCAACAGCAAAACUAGACGACGAAAACGACUCCAGCGUUCAAAUAACUGUUAGCAAGAAAACAAAACAAACGAAAUAGUCGCAAUUAAUUGUGUAGCUAAAGAAACAGAACAUAUCCUGGUUCAUCAAGUGCGAGAAUCCUUGCCCUAAGAAGAAGCAGCUAUAGACGAAGGAGUUGCGCCGUGUACAGCGCGCGCGCAUAUAAAACAAAAGAAAAAAGAGAAGGAAUUCAAAUUCAAAUUUGCGGAAGAAGCAGAAUUUUAACCGAAAAAAUGGACUUUAUGAUGGCAAAUACAGGCGCCGCCGGCGUGGACACACAAGCCCAACUAAUGCAGAGUGCAGCGGCCGCUGCGGCGGUGGCAGCCACAAAUGCCGCCGCGCCGGUGCAAAGUGCAGCAGCGGUGGCAGCAGCGGCACAAUUGCAACAGCAGCAGCAGGUGCAACAGGCGAUAUUGCAAGUGCAGCAGCAGCAGACACAGCAAGCGGUUGCCGCUGCCGCCGCUGCGGUGACACAACAAUUGCAGCAGGCGCAAGUGGCGCAGCAGGCGGUGGUGCAACAACAACAGCAACAGCAGCAGCAAGUCGUGCAGCAACAGCAGCAGCAAGUGCAACAGCAGCAGCAGCAAGUGCAACAGCAGCAACAGCAACAGCAGCAAGUGCAGCAGCAGCAACAGCAAGUACAGCAAGCUGUGGUUGCCGUCCAGCAACAGCAGCAGCAACAGCAACAACAGCAGCAACAGCAGCAGGUGCAGAGCAACACCAAUGGCAACGCUGGCGGGGCACAGAACGGCAGCAAUGGUAGCACAGAGACGCGCACAAAUCUCAUUGUCAACUACUUGCCACAGACGAUGACCGAGGACGAGAUCCGAUCGCUCUUCUCCAGCGUGGGCGAGAUCGAGUCGGUGAAACUGAUACGCGACAAGUCGCAGGUCUACAUUGAUCCACUAAAUCCCCAAGCGCCCAGCAAGGGCCAGAGUCUCGGCUAUGGCUUCGUCAACUAUGUGCGUCCACAGGACGCCGAGCAGGCGGUGAAUGUGCUCAAUGGUCUGCGAUUGCAGAACAAAACGAUCAAAGUGUCAUUUGCCCGACCCUCCUCCGAUGCCAUCAAGGGCGCCAAUCUGUAUGUGUCUGGGCUGCCCAAGACGAUGACCCAGCAGGAGCUGGAGGCGAUCUUUGCGCCAUUCGGUGCGAUCAUUACCUCACGCAUUCUGCAGAAUGCCGGCAACGAUACACAGACCAAAGGUGUGGGCUUCAUCCGCUUCGACAAGCGGGAGGAGGCCACCAGGGCGAUCAUUGCGCUGAAUGGCACCACACCGAGCAGCUGCACUGAUCCCAUUGUCGUUAAGUUCUCGAAUACGCCCGGCAGUACCAGCAAGAUCAUCCAGCCGCAAUUGCCCGCUUUCCUUAAUCCGCAACUUGUGCGACGCAUUGGCGGCGCCAUGCACACACCUGUGAACAAAGGACUCGCCCGCUUCUCGCCCAUGGCCGGUGACAUGCUUGACGUGAUGCUGCCCAAUGGCCUGGGGGCAGCUGCGGCGGCGGCAACAACGCUCGCCAGCGGACCUGGCGGAGCGUAUCCCAUAUUCAUUUACAACCUGGCUCCCGAAACCGAGGAGGCGGCGUUGUGGCAACUGUUUGGCCCAUUCGGGGCGGUGCAAUCGGUGAAGAUUGUCAAGGAUCCCACAACGAAUCAAUGCAAAGGCUACGGCUUUGUCUCGAUGACGAAUUACGACGAGGCGGCCAUGGCCAUAAGGGCACUUAACGGCUAUACCAUGGGCAAUCGUGUGCUGCAGGUCAGCUUUAAGACCAACAAGGCCAAGUAAACACCGCGACUGCAGACAGCAGACUGUAGACUGCAAUGACACAGGAGAGCAAGUACACCCCUCAAAAUAGAAACAAAAAACACCCUUAACUACACAAUACAAUUAUCUAGUUGACACGGAAGCAGAAGAGCAGAUGCAGAAGAAGCAGAGAAGAACUCACGUAUACAUAUAUAAAUAUGCAUGGUAUCAACUAAACUGGUAACUAAGCGCAACAAAAAACAGUAUGUGUAAAACACACACACACACACACACACAUAUGCAAACAAACACACACAAAGACGGACAGACAGACUGACGGACGGACAGACAGACAGAGAGAGAGAGAGGCGGGCUUUUAGCCCAAGCCGAGGAGAAAAAUCUCGUCUAAACAACGAAACGGCGGCCAAAACGCCGUUGAGGCCGUUGCAAUAGCGAAAUUCUUGUUUAGCAUUUAAGUAAGCGAAGAGCCUAAACUAAACUUAACUUGAGACAUCGUGUCGAUUGCAAUAUUUAACAAAACAAAAUAACAAAAAAAAAAAAAAAAAAUACGAAAAAAAAACAACAAAAACUAAACAAAAUUAGUCGCAAAGCAAAAAAAAUAACAAAGAAAUCUACAAAACAAAAAAAAAAACCAAAAAUGCGAUAAAGCAAACCAAUGCAUAUUAAUAAUUAUUUAUGAAAUUUAACUAGCAAAAAGAAACAAAAAAUUUUAAAAUUAUUAACUAAGAAUAAGCAGCAAUGAAAUCUUCCAGUAACGAAAAGAAUUAACAAAAUGCAAAUGAGAUGAACAAAAAACCUAAAAAGAAGCUGUUAGUUACACUCCAAUUUUUCUACGAAACAAAAAUAACAAGAACAACAAAAAGAAGAUAAAAACUGCAAGGAAAUGAAAGAAAUUUCACAUGAUAUUUUUGGAUUUUUGUGACGAGUCGCGUUAGAGAUUUGUUUUCCCCAUUUUCUCGGCUAGCUUAGAAGCAAAAUGAAAAGUAUUCAAAUGAAAAUAAGUAAUGGAUAAACAAACACAUACAUGGAGGCUGCUACAGUAUUACAAAAUAUAUAUAAACAAAAAAAAAAAAAGAAACAAAUUAAUGAAAUUUAAUAAUUAUUAUACUAUAUACAAUAGCGAUAUAUUGACAUAAAUGUAUAUUGUAUUUAAAUUUAAAUUUUAAUGUUUUGUGUUUGUUUUUAUACAUAUGAAAAACCAAGCUAAUGCAAAUGAGAGCCAAGCGAAAAUCCAAGAACAAAAUCUAGCGUCCGACUCGUACACACCCACAAACACAGAAAUAGACACAUACACACACACACACACGUGAAAUACACCCAACACAAACAUGGUCACAUUGAGAGAUGACAAAUUGCAUGAAGCUGGAGAAAUUUUUUUAUGGUCAAGUGUGCAAAAUGCAGCGAUAACGAUAACGUAACGAUAACGAUAGCAAUGCAAGCAGUUUACGCGAAUAACAAACAAGAUAAAGUUGAAGAGAAAGAGUUGUAGCAGAAGCUGAAAGAAAGUGAAAGUGGAAGUAGAAGUAGAAGCGAAGAAGAAGCAGAAUGCAGCAGCAGCAGAGCAGAAGCGAUAGCAGUAAUACAAUAAUUUAUGCGCAAAUUUGAAACAUUUUACUAAAGUAAAUAAUUGUUAGUGAAUAUUAUACUAUAAUAUUUAUAUAUACCUUAUAUACUUUAUAUAAUGUAUAGUAAGCGGCAUAAGAAAACAUUUGCUAACAUUUUUAGAGUUUAAAAAAAACAAGAACAAAACCGUAGCACAAAACUCAGUAACUAAAUAAUAACAACAACAACUUGAAUAUGAACAUUUUUUAUAUGACAAAAGUUAAAAAAAAAAAAAAAAAAACAACAACAAAAAAAACCCAAUAUAUUAAACAGCAUUAGCAAAGCGUUUUUCUAGUUAAGUAAGUCAAACUUUUUGUUAUAAAACUUGAAAGAAAAAACGAUGUGAAAAUGAAGAAAAAUUCAAAAUGACGCUUUGCCCUCGCUGCCUAUUGACAAAGAAUGAAAAUCGAGGUUAAGCAGGAGCAGGAGAAUAAUCAGAAGAAGAAGAAAGAGGAGAGUACAGUCGCGUUCAGUAUUAUGUGGUACUGUGCGGUACCGUUAAGUUCAACCGUCUAUCUAUCGAUAACACACACACACACACACAGUAAACCCUUUCCAUACACACAAAACAAAAAAAACAACACUUCGCACAUCCAAUGAUCAUUGAUCUUUGUGCAAUUUCUGCGUUUUAUCAUUGCUUACACACCAAACCAAACCAAACACUGACACACACAACAUAUCUUUGAUUUCUUUGAGAGUUUCUAUAUUUGAGUUUUGAUUGAUUGGUUGAUUGAUUGAUUGGUAUUUUUGUAUUUGGUAUUUGGUAAAUGCGUUUUGUAUGAUUUCUUUGUUUAUUUGUGUUUUUUUUAACAUAAUUGAAGCGCUCGUUGUUAUUAUUCAAAUUGCAGCCAUGCAUAUUUAUUUAUUGUAUACCAUUUAUGGAAAGAGACUUAAUUAGAACAUGUUUCUUUUUUCCAAAAACAUAUACCAUACAUACAUGUAUGUAUUUCGAUUAAUUUCAAUAAUGAUUUUCUUUAUAGUAGGUACAAUACGUCUAGUUACAAUUAAUUUAUGUCAACACUACCUAUUUUAAGUUGUAUCCAGAAACAAAAACAAAAAAAAACCAACGAAAACA